UCUCUUUCUCUCUGUCUCUCCCUCUCUCUCUCUUACUCUCUCCCUCCCUUUCUCUCUCUUUCUCUGUCUUUCUUUCUCUCACUCUCUCUGUCUCUCCUUCUCUCUCUCUCCCUCUCUCUCUCCUUCCCUCUCUCACUCUCUGCUCCACCUCCAUCACAGUGGUGAUUGGUGAGGUGUGUCUGAUGAGUGACUGGAUUGGAAAGAGAGUUACAAGAGGAGGACAGAGGAGAUCAGCUAUGAAAGGGGAGACAGGGAGAAAGUUUGGCGGAAUUAAAUAAAAAACGAUUUGGAAAAGGAGAGGAAGCAUAACUGCAGUCAUUUGACCUGAGCCAUUUCAUCCAUUACCUUUCCCAAUAGACAUCACAGCACAGAUGAAAUGACAGCCUAGGCAGGCAUUUGGGGGAACAUACCAAGAGCAAGGAUGAAACCUGAAUUACUUAACGUAUCAUACGACACUGAAUGAGAGUCACUCCUCCAGAAACAAUUGGACGCAAUACAGUGCUUGCUCAUUAAGAGUGCCAUGGAUCCCAUCACCAUCUCCAACUCCUCGUUCCCUUCGCCCUCGUCCACUGACCUCUACUGCCCGCUGCUGCAGAAGAUGCGCCUGCACUCGGUCAACAGCACGGGGGGCACGCGGGCGGUGGUGUGCGUCCACGGCCUGGUCUCCUGCCUGGGCAUCGUGGAGAACGCGCUGGUGCUGUGGGUGCUGGGCGUCCGGCUGCGGCGCAAGACGGUGGCGGCCGUGUGGAUGCUGAACCUGGCGCUGUCCGACUUCCUGGCCACGCUCACGCUGCCGCUCUUCACGCACUACCUGCACUCGGGCCACAGCUGGGAGCUGGGCUCGCUGCUCUGCUCGGCCCAGGCGUCCGUCUUCUUCCUCAACAUGUACGUCUCGGCCUACCUGCUGGCGGCCAUCUCGCUGGACCGCUGCCUGCUGGUGACCCGGCCCGUGUGGAGCCAGAACCACCGCUCGGUGGCGGCCGCCUGGAAGGUGUGCGCGGUGGGCUGGCUGUGGGCGGCCGCCAACGCCUUCCCCUUCUUCAUGUUCCGCUCCGUCACGCCCAAGGUGGACGGCGGCAAGCUGUGCUACCACAACUUUGCGCUCUACUCCUCGGCGGCGGCGCUGCGGCGGGACUGCCGGGUGCGGCAGGCGGCCACGGCCGUGGCCAAGGCGCUGCUGGCGUUCGCGGCGCCGCUCGUGAUCAUCGCCGGCAGCUACGUGCACUUCGGCCUCAGCCUGCGGGCGCGCAACCGCCGGCGCCUGCGGGAGAACAGCUGCGUGGGGCUGGGGGACAGCGGCGGCUCGGCCACCCUCGCCGCGCUCAAGCUGGGCUCGGGCGCGGCGGCCACCUCCGAGCGGCUCUCGCGCGGCUUCACCAAGAUGGUGGCGUCGGUCAUCGCCGCCUUCAUCCUGUGCUGGGCGCCCUACCACGCAUUCUGCCUGCUGGAGGUGGCGGCGCAGUACGAGCCGGACCGCUUCGCGCUGCUGGUGGAGCGGGCGCUGCCCCUGGCCACCACCUGCGCCUUCCUCAACCCGGUGCUCAACCCCAUCCUGUACGCCUUCAGCUGCCCGCACUUCUGCACGCGCAUCCGCCAGAGCCUGUCGGCGCUGAUGGAGGGCCUGGUGGAGGAGGGGGGGCCCGUGUCCAAGGCCGGGGGUUUGGUCAGGAGGAGGACAACCAAGGGAGGAGAGAGCAGCUCCGGCUCGCCCAAUUCGCCCACCUCGCCCAACACCCCCGGCCUGUCCAGGCACACCCUCUCCCCUCAGGACUCAGCCAAUGGGUACAUCUUCAAAAAGUGCCCUACAGAGGACACCCGCACAGAGGGUCUUCAAAAGGUCCCUUUGCAGAGGACAGUAGACAUUACAAUGUAGAUCAAAAAGGAGACAAGAUUUUAAAGACUUUUGUCAACUGUACAGAGAAAAAUAUGGGAAUUGUAAGUAUUAAUGUGUCAAGAGCGGCGAAGCCUAUUUUUGUUGGCUCUAAGGGACCAUUUCAUGUUUUUAGAGCUUUUGAAACAGAACAUUGCACUUUAAUCUCGUUCCUUUGUCCCUCCAUCCCAAUAUGUUCUUUGUAAUUACCUCUCUUUCUCUCACACCCUCUCGCUCACACUCUGUCUCUCUCAACGAACAAGGCAGCACCAUUUUCUUUUUCAAAACUACAGAGUUGGUUACAGUUAUUAUUGUGUGUGGUGGGGAUUGAUUUACAAGACAGUGAAGAUGUUUCAAAAUAAAUUGUUUCUGUUGACAGAUAUUGUGACAGUAUAAAGACACCAAAGGCUUUUACAUCAUUGUCCAAAUGAAAAAUGACCAAUAUACAGAAAAAACAGCACCACUCUUUCUACAUCCUGACAUUCCUGUUUGUCAGGUCACAUAUAUCUAUAUGGUAGACUGACCAUGACAUAACUGGUUGUGACAGCUAGUUCAGCAUAUUUGCAUGUG